AUGGGGCUGUCGCUCUUCAUGAUUGCAUCUCCAGCUCGGCCGCUUCCUACCCCUAUUCUGUGCUGGGUCAGUGGGUCUUCAUACACAAUGCUAAAUCUGCGCUUCGCCGGGUCUGAUCUCCGGCCAUCUGAGCUGUCUGUCUCCAUGUCAGGAGAGUUUCAAGAAGCUGAAAUGGCUCCUAAAGCUGCUCCUGCCAAGAAGGGUGAUGCCAAGACCCAGGCCUUGAAGGUUGCCAAGGCUGUGAAGUCUGGGUCUGCCAAAAAGAAGACCAAGAAGAUCCGCACGUCCGUUACAUUUCACCGCCCCAAGACCCUGAAGAAGGCUAGGGACCCGAAGUACCCAAGAAUCAGCACUACUGGAAGGAACAAGCUUGAUCAGUACCAAAUCCUCAAGUACCCCCUCACCACAGAAUCUGCGAUGAAGAAGAUUGAAGAUAACAACACUCUGGUCUUCAUUGUCGACCUCAAGGCAGACAAGAAGAAGAUCAAGGCCGCUGUCAAGAAGAUGUAUGACAUUCAGGCAAAGAAGGUCAACACCCUGAUCAGGCCUGAUGGCAAGAAGAAGGCUUACGUGAAGCUGACGCCCGACUACGAUGCUCUUGAUGUGGCCAACAAAAUCGGCAUCAUCUAA